UGGAGGCGCAUGCGCAGAAGCGGGGAGCGGUCGAGCCGGCUCUGAAGGAAGGUGGAGGAGAAGGCAGGAAGCGGCGCGGCGGCGGCGGCGCCAUGAGGGCCGGGCGGGGGCUCCCACGCGUGCAGAGGUCUGAAGACCUCAACUGCUGACGGCUGCCUGUCAUGCUGGCCUGUCUUUCGGGACCAGGGGAUCUCUCCUUCCAGCUGCUUUCUCUCCCGCAGAUGAAUGCUGGACUUCAGAAAUGGGACACUACACAGAAAAUGAGAGCCGCACAGCACCCUACUCCAGCAGAGUUGGACGCGUAUGCUAAGAAGGUGGCCAAUCACCCUCUGACUAUCAAAAUUUUCCCCAACAGCGUCAAGGUCCCCCAGCGGAAACACGUUCGUCGUACUGUGAACGGACUGGACACUUCAGGGCAGAGGUACAGUCCUUACCCAACCUCUCAGGCUGCUGUGAAAACCGGCCUCCUGGCCAUAGUCAGGGCCCCGGCAAAAGGCGUCGUCAAGGACUUUGACGGGACUCGCGUGCGCCUGCGGCCGGAAGCCAUGAUGAACCCCCCUUCUGCCCCCUACGCGGCACCAAGCACUUUAAGCCACCCGCAGGUGUUAGCACGCCAGCAGGCUCUGCAGCACGCCCAGAGCAUGGCUCAGCACCCUCAGGGGAUCCCUCCAGCCAUCCAGCACCCGCAGCCUCUGGCCCACCCGGCCCUGCAGCAGCAGCAGCAGCAGCACCCCGCCAACCACUUGCUGCAGCAACAGCCCCCGCCGGCGGGCUUGCACGGGGGCAGGAAGGUCCCAGACGCUGACGCCCCCCCGAAUGUGACUGUGUCUACCUCAACCAUCCCCCUCUCCAUGGCUGCCACCCUGCAGCACAGCCAGCCCCCGGACUUGAGCAGCAUCGUGCACCAGAUCAACCAGUUCUGCCAGGCACGAGCGGGCAUCAGCGCUACCUCAGUGUGCGAGGGACAGAUCGCCAACCCCAGCCCCAUCAGCCGCAACCUCCUGAUCAGCGCGAGCACCCGAGUGUCCGCUCACAACGUCCCCACGCCCCUGCCUUCCUGCGUGGUGAACCCUGGCGAGCACCCCUCCCACGCCGCCACCAUGCCCCCCGCUGCCGCCAUGGGUGCCCCCCUGGGGAGCAUGAGCAGGGGCUCCUCUGCAUACCAAAGCGAAAUGAAGCAGGCGGCGGCGUGGAACCAGCACCAGCUGGCUCACCUGCAGCAGAUGUGCGGGGAGGCGGUCGGCCCCUCCGGGCUGAUGGGCAAGCCCCCCGCCCGGGAGCUAGGCGGGCAAGGUUUCCCCGGCAAAGUGCCGGGCUAUGCCCUGGAACUGUGCAUGGGCCAGCCUUUCAAUGUCAAGCCCCCCCUGGAGAAGCCGACCCCCUCACCUCCCGUCAACGGCCUGCCCGGCCCCAUGCCCUAUGCCAAUGGGCAUUACUUCCAGCCCUUGUGGAAUAACCUCCUGCCCACCCCCAACAGCGACAGCUCAGGCUCCCAGGACCUGGCCAUGCCUUUCCAUGGUGGGGGGCAGCCUCUGGGGGCUGCCGCCCUGGAGUGCGCGGCUGGACCUCACUACAGAGCCGGGGCUGGUGCCCCCAGCCAGAGCGCCAUGAUGCAGACGAUGGAAUACCUAAGCGGGGACUUCCAGCACUCCUGCCUUCGGGAGCAGGGCGGGGUGGUGCUCGGCAAAGCCCCCCGCCCUGCCGUGAACCGAGCCCCCGAGCCCACAGAUAGCCGAAGCCUUCAACUCCCGGGCUAUAGAUAAGGCUGCGGAGGUCGCCGUCACUGGCCAAGCGCGAGGGUUAGUCUUAAUUUGGAUUAAUAAGGGGGGAGGGCUGUCUUUUUUAACUUGCAAACUUAGGUGAUCAUUGUUGUGA